AUGGUUACCGACGAAAUCAAACUAGAUGAAACAACAUAUUAUUCCGUCUUAGGACUACCAUUUGAUACCACUGAGAUGCAUAUCAGGAAGUCAUAUAUGCGGCUGGCUCGAGAAUUACAUCCUGAUAAGUCAAAAUCAAAGGAAGCAGCAGAAUUGUUCAAGAUAGUUGCUCAUGCACACUCAAUCCUAACAGAUAAGGAGAAGAAACUGAAAUAUGACAAGACACUAAUAUCCAAGGGGCUUCAUACAUAUAUUCCAAAGGGCGGAAUAAUAGAAUCGUUGGAGUCUCCAAAUAGAGUUCAUUCGAAGUCAAAAAAAUCUUCCUCCUUGUCCUCCAAGAGUAAGACACCCAAAGCUGCUAAGCCAUAUGAAGAGCAGCCAUAUGGGUUUGGUACUGAAUUUGAGUUGGAGAAUGAUUCGAGGCUUUCUACGACCCCUAGUGAUAAAACGCAUUCAAUGUCCGGUGGACAUAAAUCAUUUAAUCUUAAAAGUUAUCAGCAUCAGCGCAAUCCUGAAUCGCCAGUAAAUGAUACCAAAAAGUGCUCGACAUUUAGUGCUAGGUUUAUCUAUCCUUCUAAUGCGGAACGUCUGAAGGACUCCCGCGAUACAAACUUGUUAAAUGACGAGUAUCCCGUUAAAAUGCCCAAAAAGGAUAUGCUUGAAUCCCCUGGCUCACCUUUCCCAAGUUCCAGUCAUCGCCAUUAUGCUAGAACCAAGUUUGAAGCUCGCCGGCGUGGCAAAAGGUCUACAUCGCCUCUGAAGACAGUCCCUACAUCUAGAACAGAUAGUUUAGAUGGGCUAAGGACCAUCAUAAAUAAAUUCAGCGACCAAGUGAAGGUUAAUGGUUGUCAUUCCCCUGAUAUACCUCCUGAAAAAAAGGAUGGGAUAGGUACACCGGAGGAACAGAGUGAUCUUGAGCCUGAUUACACUAAGAUUGCCGAAAAUAAUGAGACAGAACCAAACAUGCAAGAGUAUAUCGGCAUUGAUAGUUUUGCCUCUAAAUCAUCUGAAGAAGAAAUGGAUUUCAAAUUGGGAGAACUAAACAAUUCCCUCCCUGAAGAACGCGAGACAUUCAACAUGAGGAACGUUAGCGAUUCUUUGGAUCGGAUGAACGUUAAGAGACAAAAACUAUCAAAAGCUUCCUCCAUGCCUCCAGAGAAUAUUAUACUGCAAAUGCAGCCAACGAUUAUAACAGAUGAUCCCGCCAAUUUAUCUCAACCUGUUAAUAAACCAAUUCCAAGAUUAUACAAACUGGAUGUAAUUCCUCCUGGGGAAUUCGGAAUGGAUCUUUCGAUAUCCAAUAUUCAAUUGCCUCCCAUUCCAACUCUCCAGUGUAAUAUUUUAGACAAGUCUGAAAUUGAGAUAUGCAAAAAGCAAAUACUAGCAUUUAAUAAUGAAGCCACUCGUGUGAAAAGAAAACUACUUUUUAUCUUAUCUAACAGAUCUGUAGCUGAUGAACUACUUAAAGACAGACUGAUAAGAGUGGAAAAUAUGGCUGCUUACAUCGAAUCUAGGAAUUACGAUAUCGAAGUUGUGUCAAAGCUAAUCGAGAUCCAACAUCGACAAAGGAUAGUAGCUGAAUCCUUUACAAAUUUAUUGAGAAGUGUUUACGCUACUGGGACUUUUAGUUAA